UUGGAAGAGACUUCAAGGGCCAUCCAGUCCAACCCCAUUCUGCCAUGCAGGAACUCUCAAUCAAAGUCUCUUUUUGUAUGAUUCUAUAUAUAUGUCUGCCCCUUCCCCAUUUUGCUAAAAUUGUGAGUUAUGGAGCUGCAAACCUCUCCUCCAUUCUCCCAAAUGCAUGGGACUUGUAGUUAUGCAAGGUCCUUAGCCUUCUCAGGGUGCAGAAAUAAUACAUUUUUGAAACCCAUCCUGUAAAAAUCCUGGUAUUUAUAGUUUCAUGAGGUCUUGAGCCUUCUCUGGGUGGCUCUACAUUGUAGAAUUAUAGCAGUUUUACACAACUUUAAAUUGCCCUGGCUCCAUCUUAGGAAGUCCUGGGAUUUGUAGUUCGGUGAGGUAGCUUGCUUUUUGGCAGAUAAGGCUGAAAGACCUUGGAAAACCGCAAAUCCCAGGAUCCCAUAGGAUGGAUCUACAGUACUUAAAGCAGUGUUAAAACUAUGAUUUUUUCCAGCGCAGAUAAACCCAGAAGACCUUGCAAAACCACAGAUCCCAGGAUCCCAUGGGACGGAUCCACUGCACCACUUAAAGGAGCGCAUUGAGAUCAGGGUCCCGAUCUGAAUAGUCUCCUCUUUGGAGCAGAGCAGGAAAAAACAUGCAGCCUUUGCUCCCCAGGACUUUGGAUGCGCCGAGAUUUCUGGGAAUCCGGCGCUGGGUCUCCUUUGAGGAGGUAGCUGUGUAUUUCACAGAGGAAGAGUGGAGACUCCUGGACAGUGGCCAGAAAUCUCUCUACGAGGAAGUCAUGAUGGAGAAUUACUGGAUUGUGGCCUCCUUGGCAGGUAAUCAGCAGGAAAAUGGGAAUUACAAGGAACCCCUUUUGGUGUCAACAGAAAUAACUGAGCAAGGAGCGGGAAAUGGAAGGGGAACAAAACGGUACAAAGAAAAACGAUCAAAGCAAAAGAAGAAGGGAUCAGAUGGUUGCCAGGUUGCUGUUGUCACCAAACGGCACAAGGAAAAACAAUCAAAGCACAAGAAGAAGGGAUCAGAUGGUUGCCAGGUUGCUGUUAUCGCUGAAUUCCUGCUCCCACAUGAAAAUCACAAAGAAAACAAGAGGGAAAAAUGCACUAUCUGUGGGAAAAUAUUCAAAUAUAAGUCGGCCUUCAAGAGACAUUGCCGACGCCACGCAGGAAAGAAACCGUAUGAAUGCCUGGGGUGCGGAAAGGGCUUCAGCGACAGAGGAAGUCUUACCAAGCAUGAAAAAACUCACAGAAGGGAUAAGCCAUAUAAAUGCAAGGAAUGUGGAAAGCAGUUUAGUCACACUCAGUACCUUAUGAAACAUCAGGUAAUCCACACUGGACGGAAAGCCUUUCAGUGCCUUGAGUGCGGGAAGCGCUUCACUCGGAGUUCUUCGUUGACUUUUCAUCGAAGAAUUCAUACAGGAGAGAAACCACAUCAGUGUCUUGAAUGUGGAAAGAAAUUCAGUCGCAGUGGGGUUCUUGUUUUACACCAAAGAACGCAUACAGGGGAAAAACCAUAUAAGUGUAUGGAAUGCGGAAAGAGCUUUAGUAUAGGUGGAAAUCUCUCUAAACAUGGAAGAACCCACACAGGGGAGAAACCCUUUAAAUGUGUGGAAUGCGGGAAGUGCUUCGGUUCUAAAAGUCACCUUACUUUUCACAUCAGAACCCACACAGGGGAAAAACCCUAUAAAUGUAUGGAAUGUGGAAAGUGCUUCAGCGAGGGCAGUGCAUUGACUCGACAUCAGCGAACCCACACAGGAGAGAAACCGUAUAAAUGCAAGAAUUGUGGGAAAAGCUUCAGUUCACAUGGGGGUCUUAGGGUUCAUUGUAGAACCCAUACGGGAGUGAAGCCACAUACAUGUAUGGAGUGUGGGAAGAGCUUCAGUGUAAGAAGUGGCCUCAUUUCCCAUCAGAGAACUCACACAGGGGAAAAACCAUAUCAAUGCAUGGAAUGUGGAAAGCAGUUCAGUCACAGUAAUUCCCUGAGUGCCCAUCAAAAAACCCACUCAGGGGUAAAACCUUAUAAAUGUAUGGAAUGUGGAAAGAGCUUUGGUCUGAGUGGAUUGCUCCGUUCACAUCAAAGAAUUCACACAGGGGAGAAACCAUAUAAAUGUAUGGAAUGUGGCAAGAGCUUCAGACAUCGUGGAAAUCUUAGGACACAUGAACGAUUCCACAGAGGAGAGAGACCAUAUAAGUGUACGGAAUGUGAAAAAAGCUACUUUGAUAUCCACAGUCUUACUAGGCAUGAAAAAAGCCAUACCGGGGUGAAACGCUAUAAAUGCAUAGAAUGUGGGAAGAGCUUCAUUGACCUUGUUAGACACCAAACAACCCACACAGGGGAAAAGCCCUAUCAGUGCAAGGAAUGUGGGAAGAGCUUCAGAGAUACUGGGAAUCUGAACAGGCAUGCAAGGAUCCACACAGGGGAGAAACCAAACAAAUGCACAGAAUGUGGGAAGAGCUUCAUUCAAAAAGAUCAACUCUAUUCACAUCAGAGAACCCACACAGGGGAGAAACCCUAUCAAUGCAGGGAGUGCGGAAUGUGCUUCGGUAGCAGUGGAAAUUUUAGUAGACAUAAAAGAAUCCACACUAGGUUAAAACCAUAGAUCAACAAUAGCAGCUGUGUGGCUCUCCAGAUGUUGAACAACUGCUCCCAGCAUUCCACCAUUGUGCCUAUGCUUACCAAGGCUGCUGGGAGUUGCAAUCUGGUGCUAUCUGGAAAGCCAUAUAAUUCGUACCACUGCCUUAGUGCAUUGGGGGAAUCACCAUAUACUGUUAUCUUGCCACAUUUGCGGAUUACUGUGUUUGCCCCUGUGCCUGAAACAAUAUGUUCUCUCAACAUUUGUAAGUGUUCCACUGUGACUCUAAGGACAACAUAUGCUGGAAGCUGACCACAGAGUUACACUGGAGGACCUACAGAGGCCUAGAGAGAACACUUCUCUAGGCAUCUUUAGCUCCUCCAGUAUGAUUCUGUGGUCAGCUUCAGUCAUACUAGAGGACUACAGACACCUAGAGAAGUGUUCCCAUAGCUAGCCUAUAUUCACAUUUUCCCACUUUCUUGGGGAGGCUGUGCCUCUAAUGUGGUGGGUGACUAUAAAAGAAUGACAGGUUGAAGUAGGUUAAACUGUGGUGAUAGCCUUACUUGUGAGUAACCAUUUAUUGAGUAGACUACAUAAAGAGAGCGGAAAUCUUAAAAUGAAAAAUUCCAUAUAGGGAGAUAGGUAGGUAUAAAUCUCCACCAUGUGAAAGGUGCUUUAGUAGGAGCAGUGCUCUGCAUGUAACUGAACAUAAAUAUGGUUGGACCCCCAGAUCUGCAGGCAAUCCAUUCCCAAGGUUGUCAGGGUUACAUGAAACCGUGGUUAAUACGGAAUGCUAUUUUCCAACGGAACUUGACCAUAGAGUUAAGCUGGAGGACCUCCACCUGCCUAGAGAGACCUCCCUCCCAGAUGUGGUCCUGGGGAUACAGGUGUCCUACUGUGUAGUCAAAAUGAGUUUUAUAUGUAGACCAUGGAGAAAGACUUGAAGCAAAGUUUACAGGAAAUUUGUGCACUGGGUGCCAUGUGCAUUGGAACAUUAGCUAGGCUGUGCAUUGUCCAGUUGCGCAUCUUCACAAUUCACGAACAGGUUUUCCAAGUGCUUCUGCUAUAUAGCAAAGUAUGCAUAAAGUUGUGUAAUGUAGACUCUGAUGGGGGAUUCUGGCUGUUGAAUGCAACAAAUACAUUUCUCUCGACCUUGAGUCUUGGUUUUGGGAGGAAAGGUGGAAUUAUGGUGGUAUAAGAUCAAAUUUACAACACCGCUAAGAAGAGGAUCAAGCAAAGGGGAUACAUGCCUCCCAUAUAACUAACACAAGAAUUUAAACAUAAGAGGUACAUCAUGCCAUCAGAUACAAAUUAUUACAGUUUACAAAGAAGGAAAAGUAAACUUUUUAUUAUUUCUUGAGUGGAAAAUGAUAGAUUACAUAACAUAACUUGGGUGGAGGGGGAUAUAGGGGAAGAUUUAUGUAACUUUGUACUGUAAUUUUGUUAUACUGUUUCUUUUUAAUAGUAAUUAAAAUUUUAAAG